AUGUUUCGGUCGACCCGCCCCCGGUCGGUGGGCUAUACACCUGUGAAUCCUGACACCUCGCCAAUGGUUGCCUACAGUCAGUAUCAUUGGCAUUACAAUCUUCCCCAGGGAAUGGAACGGCCGCAUUCAGUAAACCGAACUUUCGCGGCACCGUUUCAGAGCAACCACUCGUUGGUUAACAAGUAUCGUGGUGUGUGGAUUGAAUUUGAUAUGCACCCCGCUUUUAGUGUUGCACUGGAGCCACAGUUACGGAAGCUACCGCGUGGUCGCACCCUACCAAAAACCCCUGCUGAAGAGGUCAUUGCAGAUUAUACGGCUUUGGCACCUCUAGUGGACGAUGAGAAGACGAGAGAUCUUUGGUUGGCUAAGGUCUUUCAGCACUGCGCCUUCCAGAGAUGUGGCGGCGCUAUGGAGCUGUGGGAACGAUACUGUCACCAGCGCUUUACCGCGGAAGGUGCCACCGCAAAACCCCCUCUUUCGUUAGUUAAAUCUGUACUUUUUUACUGCAACAAGACAGACAACAGUGGCUGGAGGGCACUGUUUGAUCGCUGUUUGAAGGAUGGGUGGAACUACACCCCACUUUUCGACACAGCGCAGUGGAGUUUUAUGUUAAAGAGCAUUGGGCGCAUGGGGGAUGAGGACGGUGUUCGGGCUGUCCUGGAGGAGAUGUUGGACGUGCAGGCUGAUCUAGAUCGUGUAGAGGCAAGGUCUGUUGUCAUUGCACUUAAUGCCGUUACAAACGCUGACGUCUAUGAGUUCGUCAAGAAGUAUUUGUUCAAUUUUGGCGAGCGGAAAGUGAAGUUCUUGCGCACCACAUAUUCGGAUCUCCGUGGGCAUGGGGCGGGAAAGUUACGCAUACCACUCAAGGAGAAUGAUAACAUGUACUAUCAUGUUUGUUGGCACAGCAGCAUUCGGUCCCCGCGACAAUUUUCCCCGCGGCAGCUCUACUUCGACUACACUCCUUCAACACUGGGGUCAAGUUCGCACAAUCCUAAUGCAAAAAUUGACGAUAUAGUGAAGGACAAAAUAGAGAAGUGGAAGGCGGAAGGUCUUCUUCCUGAGGAUUAUGUCCACGAAGACCGUGUUUAUGAUCGCAGUGCUGCCUUCAAGAAUGUUGCGCGCCAGGAGAAGUGGAAGAAGAUGCCAAAGAUUUUGAAGAGCAAAAGGAUGGGUUACACGGGUGACCCGUGA